CGGCCUGACGGCUGCCUGUCGCCGGGCAGGGGGGGAAACACGGUUGCCGCGAGUUUCUCGCCUUUAAAAACAAUAAAAUACUUAACGCAAACUGCGGGGAGCGGCGUAAGCGAAGGUGCGAUGCUGUGCAGAUACAAAAGUGCAUGUCCUUGUCCCCAACAGCAACCACUGCUGUCUUGUUUUUGCUAUCACUGCACAUUGCUGUUAUUGCAGAAGCUGCUGGAGUUGUGCUGUGGUUUCGUGUCUGCAGCAUGCACCGAUUAUUCUAGCCUUAACAUUUUGUGAUUUAAAAGCAAAGUAGGUGGUUUGGGUAGAGUGGGAAAACGUCUUUAACUCUGCCUGUUAUUGUUGUCUCACAAUCUUAGGAGAGCGCAGAAAUGUCUCACUUUGAAAAUAAAGGAUUGAUACUGGGCAUAAUGGCAGGGACUGCUGGAAUAAGCCUGGUCCUGGUUUGGUACCACAAGACCCGAAAACCCAGCGCAGCCAUGCAUAUGCCUGCAUUCACAGAUGUAGGUAACAAGCUUCAUUCUGUGGCUUUGGAACAUGAAGCCCAUAAUGAACAAGGAGCAGUCAUGGUUUUACAUGGAAGGCAACUACAGAUACUUGAAAAACUGAACGGUUUGCUAAUAAGUGUGGAUGAACUGAAGAGAGAGGUGAAAUUUCUAAAAGAAGCUAUUCCAAAGCUGGAAGAUCUCGUUCGAGAUGAGCUCCAAGGGAGAGGGGAUGCACAGAGAGCUAGCCCAUCACACAGAGCAGCAAGGCGGAGGAAAGCGGAGGCAGCAUCUGGUGCAACAGAAACUACCAGCUCUGAGGAGGCGGAAAGUGAAGGGGGUUAUCUUACAGCCCAUACUGAUACUGAAGGAGACUCUGAGGAAGAGAAGGGCUGUAAGAAGUCACCUGAUACCACUGUGCAGCCAGAAGAUGAAUUAUUUAAUCUUCUGCAGGAGGUGGACAGUUUGCACAAGGGUUCAGAGGAUGACAAAAAGGAGAGCUUCAAACUACUACUUGAGAAAGAAGCCAAGUAUGAAAACUGCGUGGACUUCCUUUGGAGAUUUGCACGUGCUUAUGGAGAUAUGUUUGAGAUGGCCACUGAUGCUGAGGAAAAGAAAAGAUAUGUUUCUGACGGAAAGGCUAAAGCUGAAAAGGCUGUCAAGUUGGAUGCCAUGAGUGCUGAGAGUCACCAGUGGUUUGCAAUUAUGUGUGGCUAUAUGUCUCAGUUUGACAGUGUACAAAACAAAAUCAGGAAUGGUUAUCUCUUUAAGGAGCAUUUGGAUAAAGCAAUUGAACUUAAGCCUCAAGAUCCUCUUUUAUAUUACCUAAAUGGAAGAUGGUGCUAUUCAGUAGCUCAAUUGUCUUGGCUUGAAAAGAAAGUAGCUACUGCUCUCUUUGGGACUCCACCAACUUCAACAGUAGAUGAAGCAUUGCAGAAUUUUCUUAAGGCAGAAGAAAUGCAUCCAGGAUAUUCCAAAUGCAAUUAUGUGUAUUUGGCAAAGUGCUAUAAAGAUCUUGGCCAGAAAACCAAUGCACUGAAGUACUGCGAAUCUGCACUAUCAGUUCUCCCAGUUACAAAUGAGGACAAAGAGGCCCAGAAAGACUUAGAGGAUUUACUUCUCACACUGAAGAUGUGAUACUGCGCACUUUUUAACUCUUCAUGCUGUGAUAAAACUGAGAGUCUGUAGUGAUUGUGUGCAGCAGGUGAAUUCCAACUGAGUCAAUGGGAAUGGCCUUCAAGCAUGUGGCAAUUAUGUCAUGAAAAUGACACAUUCAUUUUUGAUUAAUUAUUUAUAAUUCUAUAUUGAAGAUUAAUUCUAGAUUGCUGACACUGUGAGUUCAAUUCUCUGAACAAUGAGUCCACUGCUGGCAACGGACAUAAUGGGGAUUAGAAUGCAAAAUGCAUAAAUCUUACUCUGAAACAUUAAUCAACUAAUAUGUGAUGCCAGCAUAAAACUGUGUGCAGCAAAGUCAAAAGCAAAAAUAUUUCUAUAGUAAAUUAUAUUUAUAUCAAUUAAUAUAUACACAGGUAUGUAUGAAAGGAAAUCAUGAAUGUUUAUGUUUACACACUACUGUUAAAUAAUUAGAAUCUUUCUAAAGAGAAAGUGGUUGCUUCCACAAAACUCUUUUUACUUUAAACCUUCUGCUGGUUUUACAUAGAUAUGUGAAAACUUUAUAAAUUAAAUAUUAAAGCUAUAUUUUAUUUGUAACAUCAAUGGGUACAAAAUGAAAAAUCAGACUGGUGAUAUUCAGUGUUUUAGAUGAAUCUAUCACAGCUGUGAUAUUUAAUGGCUUUAUUAAAAGAUCUCCAUCAUGUUUGUGAAUCCUGGAUCUUUCUGUUUUAACAGCUGCCAAGUGUAGUGAUGGUAAUAUAUUCCCCGAAAACCAAGUUUAGCUUGUGACUGCCAUUAACCUCGUACCUUCUAUGUAACACAGCCUGUACAUAAGAAUAAAUACUUUGAGCAUGUAGGACAACAGUGUUUUCAAUAAAAUGUAACAGGCAGGGAGAUAAUUUUGUCACAAAUGGACUGAUCCAGAAUUCACUUAACUGUGAAGAAAAAUAAAGACCAGCUUCCAUUGGCUUUCAGUUCAGAGUCUUAGACUAGAUGUGGGAAGUAUAUCUGGAGGAAGUAUUUCUGUUAAAGGAAAUGAAGGAAAUAAAACUGAAUAAGGACAACUUCACAAUUCCUUGACUUCUUUGAUGUGUAAGAUGACAUUGGCUAUCUUAUGGCUAAGACAAGGAGGACUGAUAAGGCACCAAUAUAUACAACUAAUAAUUGGGCAGUUUAGGACAGUGACAUUACCUUAUAGUGAUGUCAACAAAGAUCUAAAGAUUGGGCAAGAGUGAAGAAAUAUAUGUAUAUACAUAUGCCUGAAGCAUCUCACAGCUCAUAGAGUGAGCUCUAACUUCUAACAACAGAGGGCGAUAGGUGCAGUAGACUGGAAGACAAACUAUACAGAGUUGUAUUGAAUUUAGCCUGAAUUCUUGACUCCUUCUGAACCACAGAGGUUUUGCAAG